AUGAUAAAAAUUCUUAUUGAGGAUUGUGAGAUUACAGUUUGGUUAUAUUUAACAAAAUUUUCUUUUCAUCCAAUUUAUGGACAUAUUGAUAUAAGUUUAAAUUCAUUUAAUAAUAAUACAAUAAAAUUGUUUAUUUUAAAUAAAUAUGAAUGGAACGAAAUUAAAAAUAAUUUAUCUAAAAUUUGUUUAAAAAAAGAAUUACAAUUAAAUUCAAUUAACAAUGAAACAAACUUAGAGAUUUUAUCAUCAUCUUUUACAUCUAUUGGUCAAAUGUAUUUUAUUUUAAGUACAUGUAAUUCAAGUUUAAAUACGAAUGAUUUAUCUUUUACAUAUAAAUUAAUCUUAACAAAUGGACAUAAUUUAUUUAUGAAGCAUUUUUCUAACGAUGAACAAGGAAUAUUGCAAUUAUAUAUUAUUAGUACAAUUAUCUAUACUAUAAUUUUAUUAAUUGUUCUUAAAUAUAUAUAUUCAUCAAAAAAUAAACCUUGUUUAAUAAUUAAGUUAUAUAUUAUUUCAAUAUUAUUUUCAUGUCUUUAUAGUUUAAUAUGUUUUAUUGAAAAUUUUAUAUUUGCAUUAAUAGGAAAUACUGAUGUAUUUGGAUGUCAAUUAUUAUUAUUUUUUGCUCGAUUGUUUCAUUUAUGUGCUUCCAUAUUGUGUCUUUUUAUGUUAAUUCUCUGUGCAAAAGGCUAUUUAAUUAUACGUAUUAAUUUAAGAAACAAAACACUAACAGAAACAAUACUGAUUAUUCUAUUAUAUAUACAUGUGCAGAUAGUUAUUUUAAUUAUUAUAACGAUAUAUACCGAUCGAGUAUUAAUUAAUGAAAUUAUCUUCAUUAUUUGUGAUUAUAUUCAAAUGAUAAUGUAUCUUUUAACUUGUCUUUGGUUUAUUGUAUCUCUUAUAUUAACAACUAAAAAAUCUAUCAAAACAUUCUAUUCGUUUAUUAUUUUUACUUUCUGGUUUUUAACUAAUGCAAUUGUUAUUUUAUUGAAUAUUCUUGAUAUUAUACCAAAUUUUCAAAUAACUAUUCUCAAAGCAAUGACAAUAACUAUUCAAAUUUUAACAUAUUGUAUAUUUAUGUUUAUUAUUCAACAAAAAACAUUUUUGUUACGAACAAAAUUAAAUCAAAUUAAUAUAACCUAUAUUGAUCCAACAUUAUCAAAAUCUCAUAUUCAAGAACAAUUAACAAGACAAAAAAUUAUCAAUACUAAUCGAGAUGAAUUAACAAAUUUAUGUUCUAUUGAGAAUACUAACAUAUCGAAAUUUCGUAUGCCUAUGAAAUCUUUUGAAACAGUUUCUCGUCUUGAACCACGUCGAGAUGUAUUAUUAAAAACGUUGACACAAUCAUCGAUUGUUUCAUUUCAACCCUCGAUAUAUCCCGUUCCACGUCGCUUACCACCAUUAAAACAUGAUGAUUAA